AUGUCAAAUAGAAGAAGAGAAUUUAUUGAAUAUAUUGAUAGUAGAGAACCAGUUGAAGCAGAUAUUGAUAUUAGUGAUAAAGCAGAUAGAUUAACAGAUAUUUAUGAUAGUGAUACAUAUGGAUUAAAUGCAAUGAGGGAGACAUUACCAUCACAUUGUUAUAAGAAAAUUCGUGAAGUAAUGCAAACAGGUAGUGCAUUAGAUCCAGAGAUUGCAGAUAUGGUAGCUAAUGGUAUGAAAGAAUGGGCAAUUAAACAAGGAGCAACACAUUAUUGUCAUUGGUUUUUACCAUUGAAUGGAUUAGCAGCAGAGAAACACGACUCAUUCAUUAGUAUAUUCCCAGGUGAUGAUAAAGUGUUGUUAGAAUUUUCAGGUAUGCAAUUGAUUAAAGGUGAACCAGACGCAUCAUCAUUCCCAUCGGGUGGUAUUCGUAGUACAUGGGAAGCACGUGGUUAUACAGUUUGGGAUGCAACAUCACCAGCAUUUAUUCGUCGUGAAAAGAAUGGUGCAAUUCUUUGCAUUCCAACUGCAUUUUGCUCAUGGACUGGUGAAGCGUUGGAUCAAAAGACUCCACUCCUUCGUUCAAUGGAAUACGUUUCAAACGAAUCAAUCAUUACACUCUCUUCAUUAUUUAAUGAAAAACAUAAAAGAAUUUCACCAACCUUGGGUAUUGAACAAGAGUUUUUCCUUAUUGAUAGAAAGUUUUAUUUGGCUCGUCCAGAUUUAGUAAAUUGUGGUCGUACUUUAAUUGGUGCUAAACCACCAAAGGGUCAAGAGAUGGAAGAUCAUUAUUUCGGUACAAUGAAUAGUCGUAUCAUUUCAUGUAUUCAAGAGGUUGAAUGGAAGAUGUGGAGAUUAGGCAUGCCAUUGAAAACCAGACAUAAUGAAGUCGCACCAGGUCAAUAUGAAGUCGCACCAAUCUUUGAACGUGCUAAUAUUGCAGCCGAUCAUAAUAUGAUGUUGAUGGAUAUUUUAAAGAAUGUUUCAACUAAACAUGGUUUGGUUUGUCUUUUCCAUGAGAAACCAUUUGCUGGUGUCAAUGGUUCUGGUAAACAUAACAAUUGGUCCCUUUCAACCGAUGGUGGUAGUAAUCUUUUGGAGCCAGGUCAUACACCAUCACAAAAUGCACGUUUCAUUCUUUUCCUUACAGCAAUUAUUAGAGCAGUCGAUAUUCAUGCUGAUCUUCUUCGUGCAUCAGUCGCAGUACCAGGUAAUGAGCAUCGUUUAGGUGCCAAUGAAGCACCACCAGCAAUCAUUUCAAUCUAUCUCGGUAAGGAACUUGAUACCGUGAUUAACAAUAUCAUUAACAAUACCGAUAUUCAAGCACCAGGUUCAGAUGAUAUGGAUUUGGGUGUCGUUGGGUUCCCACCACUUCCAAAGGAUAGCACUGAUCGUAAUCGUACUUCACCAUUUGCUUUCACUGGUAAUAAAUUUGAAUUCCGUGCUGUUGGUUCUUCACAAGUUGUAAAUUUCCCUUGUAUCGUAUUGAAUACCAUUGUUGCUGAAUCAUUACGUUUCAUUCGUGAAGAGAUUCUCAGAGAGAUGAAAGUUAGUAGUAGACAAACUGCAUUCAAUAAAAUCAUUAAAGAUACAUUGAUUCAACAUGUUCGUGUUGUUUUCAAUGGUGAUGGUUAUAGUGGUGAUUGGAAAGAACUCGCCAAAUCUAGAGGUUUAGCAAAUUUACCAUCGACUCCAGAGGCUUUAACAAAUAUUAACUCUGAAAAGAAUAUUAAACUCUUUUCUGAAAGUAAUAUUCUCUCACCAGUUGAAUUGGAAUCACGUCAAGAGAUUCUCUUUGAAAUUUAUAAUAAAUCAAUUAAAAUCGAAGCAAACUCUUUAUAUGAUUUAGUUUCAACUUUGGUACUUCCAGCUUGUUUUGCUCAUCAAAAGAAUAUUGCUGAAUCUGUAAACUCUAUAAUGCCAUUCAUUCAAAGUCAAAAAUCUUUCAGUCAACCAAAUCAUCAAUAUUCUCAUCUCUCUGAAGUCGUUGAAUCUGUCAAUCUCUUAAUUGAAGCUAAUCAAAAACUUUUGGCUCUCAUUAAACAAACUAAAGAUUUCAAUUCUGAACAUUCACUCGCAACUUUCCUCAAUCAAUCUGUAAUUCCACAAAUGAAUGAAGUUCGUAAAUUUUCUGAUCAUUUAGAAGGUAUUGUUGAAGAUAAAUCUUGGCCAGUUCCAAAAUAUUCUGAAAUUUUAUUCUUAAGAUAA